GAGUAACUUCCGGAAAAAGUCCCUUUGAUGAGGCGAACCACCGUGCUUGCUCUUGCCGGAGACUUGGGCCCACCACCGUUCAUACAUGGACAUUCCACAACAAUUAAUGAGCUGAAGUUUUUGUUUUUCAUUUUUGAUUGAAUAAGGGACCAUUAUCAAUUCCUAAUCCUAAAAAUAAAAGUGUUGAAACUUGCGGGGUUAAGUGUUUACAGUCAAGUCAAAAGUGCGGAGCUAAGCACAGAGCGAGGAUGCAAAGUCAUGAAGCAGAGAAACAAGAAGACGGUGAUGGCCCACCGCCGGGGUGGCAACCAAAGAAAGAAGAAGACGACGAUGGUCCACCGCCGGGGUGGCAAACAAUCCUCACUCCGCCACCGUCACGUCCAUCCGGUCUAGCUCAAAUGGUUUGUGGUUCUUGUCGUCGCCUGCUUUCAUAUCCACGAGGUGCCAAACAUGUCAAAUGUUCAUGUUGUCAGACUGUCAACAUUGUAUUAGAAGCUGAUCAGGUUGGGCAAGUUAAGUGUGCGAGUUGUGCGGUAUUGCUAAUGUACCCUUAUGGUGCUUCACAAGUUAGAUGUUCUGCAUGUCGAUUUGUGACAGAAAUCGGGGAACACAACAAGCGCCCUCCAUGGUCUGUACAACAAAGGAAACCAACUCCUGCCCAAACUGGUUGUUAGUGGUCUGUCCAUUGGCCUAUUAGCUUGGCCAUCCUUGUAUAACAAAUUAGGAAAAUUGUGAUCUCAAAAUUGUUAUCCAUAUGGAAUUAUUUGUUAAUGUCAAGUUUUCUAAGUAAUAUUCCUAUAAUUUUUAGAUUGUUUUACUUAAGAA